GGUAUCUAACUUCCUCCCUAGUCUCUGGGUAUCUACCUUCCUCCCUAGUCUCGGGGUAUCUAACUUCCUCCCUAGUCUCUGGGUAUCUAACUUCCUCCCUAGUUUUUGGGUAUCUAACUUCCUCCCUAGUCUCUGGGUAUCUAACUUCCUCCCUAGUCUCUGGGUAUCUAACUUCCUCCCUAGUCUCUGGGUAUCUAACUUCCGCCCUAGUGUCUGG